CAGAGCAUGCAGUUGCGGGCGCGGUGGUGGGCGUGGCGAGCAGGAGAAGGUGUGGCAAGACGUGGAGGCACAGGUGUGGUUGUCAGGGAAGCAGGGGAGGGCGCGGGGCGUGGGCUUGCGGUGAUGGCGACGGUCCGCGGGGUGGGCCGGGUCCCGGGAUGGGGCUGGCAGUUGGCGAGGGCCAAGAGCUCGUCGGCGGUGCGGCGGCAGCCGCACGUGAUCGAGAGCACCGGGAGCGGGAGCAGCAGCGGGAGCAGUAGCAGUGGUGGGCUGGGCGCGAUGCCGACGUUUGUCUCGUCGCACUACCGGCUCUCGGACUCUGACGUGACGUCGUACCUCAGCCGCAAGGGUCUGGUAUUCCGGGAGACGCCUGGCGAGAUCAACGUCAAGGCGUGCCCGUUCUGCAAGGGCAACGUGGGGCGGGUGGACAACCAGUGGAAGCUAUACUUUAAGCGGUCGGACGGGGCGUGCUUCUGUCAUCGGUGCGGGUUCAAGGGCUCGUGGUUCGACUUUAAGGCCAAGAUGGGCGACGUGCGCCCGGCGGAGCAGGCGAGGCCCGGGCCGACGUCGACGCUGGACGCGUCUGCAAGCUUGAGUGGAGGAGGAGGAGCGAGCGAGGCGGCCAAGAGCAAGAAGGCUGGAGUGGGCGCGGCGGCGGCGCGUGCGGCGGCGCGCGGACUCGAUCUCCGUGCGCUACAGCAGUACCCGCGUUCGCUGGGCAAGUCGCCGCGGGCGCUCAAGUACCUGACUGAGGAGCGCGGGUUGAGUGUGGAGACGCUGCAAAAGUACUCGGUCGGCGUUGCGACGUAUGGGUUUCCCAAGGAUCCGAGCGCCGGCGACGGUGGCGGGUGGCAGGACCACGAGUGUGUUACAUUUCCGUGGGUGGCGCCGAGCGGGCGCGACGGCGCGCUUGCGGCGACGCGGAUCAAGGUGCGGGCGCUGAGUGCCAAGCACUUGCAGCGGCUGGAUCCCAAGGGCGGCGGCUGGUCGCUGUUUGGGUGGCAGACGGUGCCGGACGAGGCGCGCGAACUUGUCGUGACCGAGGGCGAGUAUGAUGCGAUGGCAGUUUGGCAGGCGACGGGGCGGCCUGCGGUGUCACUGCCAAACGGGGCGCGGUCGCUGCCUGUGGAGGUACUUCCGAUGCUGGAGCGGUUUGAGCGGAUUGUGCUGUGGAUGGACGACGACAUGGCGGGUAUGGAGGGUGCAGAGAAGCUUGCGCGCAAGCUGGGUGUGGAGCGGACGUACCUGGUGCGGCCGUCGGGCUGUCCAGCAGUUGUGGAGGCUGUGGCCGCGAGCGGCGGCAAGCUGCCGAAGGACGCCAAUGACGCGCUGCGGGCUGGGCUUGACAUGGACGCGCUUGUUGUCUCUGCAGCGCGAAUGCCGCACAAGCAGAUUGUGGAGUUUUCGGACUUGCGGUCCGAGAUUCUGACGGAGCUCUCGAACCCGGAGCAGGCGUGCGGGGUGCAGUCGAGGACGCUGCCUGCCCUCAACAAGGUUCUCAAGGGCCACCGCAAGGGUGAGCUCACGAUUCUGACGGGGCCGACGGGUGCGGGCAAGACCUCGAUUCUGUCACAGCUUUCGCUCGACUAUGCGGCGCAGGGUGUGCCGACGCUCUGGGGUUCGUUUGAGCUCUCGAACGUGCGCUUGGUGAAGAAGAUGAUGCAACAACUGGCGUCGCUUCCGCUCGAGCACCACCUCGACCAGUUUGAUUACUGGGCUGAUGCGUUCGAGGCGCUCCCGAUGCACUUUAUGAAGUUUUUCGGCUCGUCGGACAUCCACGCAGUGCUUGACGCGAUGGAGUACGCGGUGUAUGUCAACGAUGUGGAGCACAUUGUGCUGGACAACCUGCAGUUUAUGCACUCGGGCCAGGGCAAGGGCUUUGAGCGGUUCGAGCUGCUAGACAAGUCGAUCGAGGCGCUCCGCAAGUUUGCCACUGAGCACAACGUCCACAUCUCGCUUGUGGUCCAUCCGCGCAAGGUCGACGACGACACGCUUCUCAACACCUCGUCAGUGUUUGGGACGGCCAAGGCGACGCAGGAGGCCGACAACGUCAUCAUCAUCCAGCGCGGCAAAAAGUACACGUACCUGGACAUUCGCAAGAACCGGUUCGACGGUGAUCUCGGCAUUGUCCCGUACACCUUUGACAAGUCGACGUGCAAGAUCCGUGAGCUCGACGCCGACGCGAUGAGCCACUUUUCGUAGCAACAAGCGAUGCGAGUACAGCAAAGUGCCACGAGUACUGCUACAGCUAAGUUAGCAGCACUUUUUCUUGUCCGAGCCGGACUUGGCGGCGGAGUCGUCGUCGAGACGGACGGUGCUGGUGGAGGCGGUGGGGGUGGGGGUGGAGGCGGGCGAGCCGUUGGCAGAGGCGGUCAUAGCGUCAAAGCCAAAGACGCCAACGCCGAUGUGGUUGAAGAUGUCCAUGACGUUGUCGCCGGUCUUUGCCGAGGCCUCGAUGUGCAAUGCGUCGAUCGAAGUGGCGUACUCGCGGGCGGCGUCAAGGGUGACCUCGCGGGCAUCGGGGGCCAGAUCGAGCUUGGAGCCGACAAGGACUUUGAAGCAGCCGUCCUUGGCCGACGCCAGGAGAUCCAUGUAUGCAUCGAGGGCGUGCAGCGAGUCGGCCUUGGUCACGUCGUAGACCAGGAUUGCGGCGCCGGCGCCGCGGCAGUAGAACGCCGACAGCGACUUGUACCGCUCCUGGCCGGCGGUGUCCCACACCC